AUGGGGGUAUUGGAACCUCAAACAUCGAAACAACCAACAGCCCGGACGGGUACAUCAAGCCCGAGACUCCUCUUGUCACAUUCCUUCCUUCGACGCUUUAACUAUUUUAUAUCGUCACCAUUCAACCCCAAAAGACAACCACAACUAUCACGCCCAACUCUUUCCAAGGCCACAAUGACCUCCUCAACCCUCCCUCCUCCCUCCGACCCGGAGAAGAUGAAUCACCAACCCCACAACAUCCAACCAGCCCCAACAAUAUCCAACACCGACCACAACCAUGACCCCGAAAAACCUACUGCCUUCCCGAUCGAAGGAGAGCCUAAACAAACCCCGACCAAAGAUGAUGCCAACAGCGGCACAGACAAAACCCCAUCCGAAUCACCCUCACCCCAGCAACAACCCGACCACGACGCCAACAAAACAACCUGGAACGCCUCCCGCACCUCCAUCGUCCGCUUCCUCCUAAUCUGCUACUCCUUCAUCCUAAUGGGCAUGUCCGAUGGCGCCAUCGGCGCCCUGAUCCCCUACCUGGAGACCUACUACUCCAUCUCCUACACCGUCGUCUCCUUGGUCUUCCUGUCGCCCUUCAUCGGCUACUUGCUGGCUGCUUUAUUCAACAACCUCAUCCACCACCACUUCGGCCAACGAGGCGUUGCCAUCUUGGGCCCUCUUUGUCGAUUGAUUGGGUUCAUACCCAUGGCCUGUCACCCACCUUAUCCCGCGCUGCCGGUGGUGAUGUUAUUCACUGGCUUUGGAAACGGGAUCGAGGACUCGGCGUGGAACGCGUGGGUGGGAAACAUGAAAAAGGCUAAUGAGUUGUUGGGCAUUAUCCACGGGUGUUAUGGGCUGGGAGCAACGAUUGGGCCGUUGAUUGCCACGAGCAUGGUGACGAAGGGCGGGCUGGAGUGGUACACGUUUUAUUAUGUGUUGGUCGGGGUGAAUGGUGUUGAGCUGCUGGCGAUGACGGCGGCGUUUUGGACGGCGACUAAGGAGGUUUAUCGGGCGGGGAUUGCGGAGUCCGAGUCGGAGGAUGUUGCUGAUGAUGUCGAUGAAGAAGGUGCUGCUGGUGGAGGAAACGAGGGGGGCAAUAAGCGGACGACAACUCGCACCGUCAUGCGUGAUCCUAUCCCUUGGAUUGUCGCCAUGUUCUUGCUGGGUUACGUCGGCGCCGAGGUCUCGCUGGGCGGGUGGAUCGUGACGUUCAUGCUCAAGGUGCGGCAUGCGGAACCCUUCAAUGCUGGGCUGACUGUCACCUUCUUCUGGCUGGGACUUACGGUGGGCGAGUGUUGCUGGGCUUUGUCACGGGUCGUAUCGGAGAGAAACUCGCUAUCACGGGGUAUCUCCUGCUGUGCAUCGCGCUACAGCUGCUGUACUGGCUGGUGCCGAGCUUCGUUGCCUCGGCCAUCUUUGUGUCAUUCCUGGGUUUCUUCCUCGGUCCGCUGUUCCCUGCGGCUAUCGUGGCGGCUACGAAGCUGCUGCCACCCGGUUAUCAUGUGUCGGCGAUCGGGUUUGCUGCGGCCUUUGGCGGCGGUGGUGCGGCCAUCUUCCCGUUUGCGGUCGGCGCUAUUGCCCAAAAGAAGGGCGUGUCGGUCUUGCAGCCUAUUGUGUUGGCCAUAUUGGUGUUUAUCUUGCUGA